CUAUUUUAAGAUCAUUUAUAUUAACUUCAUUUCUUUUCCCCCUUAAAAGAUGAAGAUUUGGACUUAUUUAGUGACUAUCAGUGUUCUUUCUACUACUGCUAUUGCACAAUACAGUGAUAGUAUUAGUGUUCAAGCAGUGGAUGAUUAUGAUGAGUAAGUUGUCAUCUAGUUUCGAAUUCGAUUCAUCUUGAGUGAUAGUUUUGAUGUUGGGUUCUCUGAAGUACUAGAAGGACCUCCUCCUUGUAAUGGGUUCCCUGAGUAUAGAAAUAUACCUGUCAAUCAAGCAUUUUAUGUAGGUGCACAUAAUGCUGGUUCAGACCUACUUGAACACGGACAUCAAAAGCGUGAUAUCCUUCGUAUGCUUGAAGAUGGUAUUCGUUUCUUAGAUGUCCAACUAUGUAAAGACCAAGAGAGUCUUGUUGUCUGCUCAGAUACCACUCUUUCCACAAACACCUUUCAAAACGUAUUAGAAAAGGCAUUCACAUUUGCAAGAAAUGAAGUAGAACAGUUCUUUAUAGUUCAUGUCAAAUCAAACAAUGUCAACACAAGAGAAAUAGAGACAAUCCUAGACCAAGUCUGUGAAGUCCAUACGAAUCAAACACAAGGCACAGAUGAAUUUGUGAAGGGAAAGUGCCCUUUUGUCUAUACUUAUCGCCCUGAAAAAGGUCCCUGGAAAUCCAUGGGCGAAAUAGUCAAUUAUGACCCCGAAAUGGCUCAAUGGGAAGGGGAUGGUGAAUUAGUGGGUGUAAGAACUAAGUUUAUGUUGACUGUGUCUGAUGAUGUGAUUCAACCCAGCGACUAUGCAUCUUCUUAUGUUACACCUGUCUUUUGGCGUUCAUUAGAUAAUACCAUAGAUUCUUUAGAUGGAUUUAAACAAGGUCUUGCUCAACUAUGCCGUGUGCCUGGUUAUGGUAUUGGCUUAGGUUCUUUUGGUGCCUUAAAUAACAAGAUCUAUCAUCCUGACUAUCUUGAAGAUGCUCUCUUGAACAGAGAUGGAUGUAACCUGAAUGAUUCACCUUUAAACACUUUCUUUACUCAUAUUCUAGUGGACCAUUAUGAAGACCAAUUGCCUUAUCUUAAAGAACUCGAGAGAAGAAUGAUGGAUCUCAACUAUGCUAAAUGGACAGGCAAUUACAGAAUGAUGACACCUUCUUUAUUCAGAAAGAAAAAAGUUGAGCGUGAUGAACUAUAGAUAAGGAUGGUCAAUCUCAAUAUGACUUAAUCUUUGUGCGUGUGAUUCUCUACGCCAUUGUGUCUCACAUUGAAUACCCUGUUGACAUCUUUCUCUGUGUACUAGACAAACCAUAAGGCUAAAUAUGGAUGUGUGUACUUACAUUGAUCCAAUCCAUUCUGAACAACGCCUUUCCAAAAUGUAUAAAAUAAACCAUUAGCAACAGUGACAGUACAUGAAUAACAAGCUCGUAAAUGCUGUGAAGGUAAAAUGCCUUCUUCUUGAAUUCUGUAAUAAUAUUCAUCAUCGUCCAAUACACUUUGGUUGUCUUCACUCAAUAAUCGACGCGUAUUAUACAGUUGUAAUCCUAAAGGCGUCAUUCUUCUGAUAAUCG